AUGGUCACAUUUCGCCUCAUGGGACUGGCGGUGGCGGAAUUCGCAUGGUCCGCCGACGACGACGACGACAGCGGCGGCGGUGGAGAGUUUGAAUUGUACGAAGACCUCGAGGUCUGGGGCACAAUCGAUGAUGUGGAAGAAUUUUACGAGAUGGACAGCGAAGAAGCUCGGUUUGACGUUCCCGGAGGCUUCAGGUGGAGCUGUUGCCAGCGCGUUGGCGAGGUGAAAUGCUGUCGAAAGGGGCAACACGUGGCCGUAUUGGAACACGGCCCUUUGACGUUGGGGAGUUUCGGUGAGGGUGACAACGCGGUGGGGAUUCCAGUGAAGCAAAGUCAUGGCAAGCGCAAGGCUGAGGAGGAUAUCGCCGGCAUUGCGCAAAGGACAAGGACGGGGUCUCGGCGGAUAUGA